CUAAAGUUGAUAGGUGUCAAGGCCACACAUUCCAUUCUUCUCGCUUUCGCACUAAAAAAGAAAGCCGAGGAUCAAGAUAUCUGUAACGUAAAUUAGACAGAUAUCUAGAACUACCUGUGUAAAACAAAAGAUGAACAAAAACUAAGGAGGUGGUAUGGAAAACAUCCAUGUAGACCCACGUAAACAAGAACUUCUUGAACAACGUUUUUUAGGAGGCCGGUUUCAGCCCCUGGUGAUGCCACAACCUCCUCAAGAACAGCAACAGGAUAGUAGUAAUUUAAGUAGUGGUGGUUCAAUAGAUAAGGAAGAUGGAGAGGGUUUGAUGCAAACACCUGAUAAAGGAAAACUUAAUGAUAGAAAAAGAAAACGAAAAUCAGGAAUUGAAAACCCUGCAGCUACAAAGCGAGCAGAAACCAAUGGUAAAAAGAUAAAUGAAUAUUUUAAGCAAAAUCAGUCACCAAGUCGUACAGGACAGCCUCAGAAUACAGGAGCUAAAUCACCGUCGCCACAAGCAUUUGGUAAUAUUAUUCCUCAUUCACCAAGCAACUCUUCCAAUUCAAUAGCAGAAAUUAUGAACUCAUCUAUUAGACCUUCACUUUCUCUUAGUAUUGGUUCCAAUGCCUCCAUCAAGAGUGUUCAGACUGAAAUUUCAAUGACUCAUCUUCAAGCAAUGGAAAAUCAGUCUAUGUCUGAUAUGGAACAGAAAGAUACACGUAUUGAUGAACUUAUUAGGAGGCAUAGAGAAGAGCUAGCAUUUACAUUAUUGCAAAAUGAUGAGCUGAAACGUCAGUGUACAGCUCAGAAUAAAUUAUUAGAAAAACACAAAGAGAACUUGCAGAAAUGUUUAGAAGUUAACAAGUCACUUCUCAUUGAAAAGAGUACUCUUGAAAAGAAAACCACACGACAGAAAUGUAUGGAAAACAGACUCAGGCUAGGGCAGUUUGUAACCCAGAGACAAGGGGCACAGUUUGUAGAGAACUGGGUGGAUGGAUGGGCGUUUCAAGAUCUAAUGAAACAACAAGAGCGAAUAACAGCAGAUAAAGAUGAUAUUGACAAGCAAAGACGGUUGCUUAUGAAACGUAAACCACCUACUGCUGUAGGAAAAAAUGCUAAGCAUGACAAUUUUCUCAAACCUGGAGAAAAAUACUUAACCUUGGCAGAGUUUUAUGAACAAGACGAAAUUUUGAAACUUCGGGCAGCUGCCUUGAAAAAAGAAGAUUCUGAUUUACAACUGGAAAUGGAAAAAUUGGAAAGGGAAAGAAAUCUACAUAUACGAGAACUGAAAAGGAUUCAUAACGAAGACAACUCCAGAUUUAAGGAUCAUCCAACAUUGAAUGAUAGAUACCUACUCUUAUGUUUACUUGGGAAAGGUGGUUUCAGUGAAGUUCAUAAGGGUUUUGAUUUAAAAGAGCAGAGGUAUGUUGCCUGUAAAAUUCACCAGCUGAAUCGUGAAUGGAAAGAAGAUAAGAAAGCCAACUAUAUCAAGCAUGCUUUAAGGGAAUACAACAUUCAUAAGACUCUAGAUCAUCCUCGCAUUGUGAAACUUUUUGAUGUGUUCGAAAUAGAUAACAAUUCAUUUUGUACAGUUUUAGAAUAUCAGAAAGGAAAUGACCUUGACUUUUACUUGAAACAAAAUAAGAGCAUUCCAGAAAAGGAAGCGCGGUCGAUCAUUAGUCAGACGGUCAGCGCCCUUCGGUAUCUCAAUGAGAUUAAACCACCUGUGAUACACUAUGAUCUGAAACCUGGAAAUAUAUUGCUAGGAAGUGGAUCAGUGAGUGGCGAAAUAAAAAUUACCGACUUUGGUUUGAGUAAAGUUAUGGACGAAAGCAAUUUUCAUCCAGAAGUUGGGAUGGAUCUCACUUCACAAGGAGCUGGAACAUACUGGUAUUUGCCACCUGAGUGUUUUGUAGUUGGUAAAACUCCUCCAAAGAUUUCUUCCAAAGUUGAUGUCUGGUCAGUUGGUGUCAUAUUCUAUCAGUGUUUAUAUGGUAAAAAGCCAUUUGGGCACAAUCUGUCUCAAGCGGCAAUUUUAGAAGAAAAUACUAUAUUAAAAGCCACGGAAGUGGAGUUUGCUUCAAAACCCCCAGUAACUCAGGAGGCCAAGAAUUUCAUCAGGCGGUGUUUGCAGUAUAAAAAAGAAAUGAGGCCAGAUGUUUUGCAGCUGGCAGCAGAUGAUUACCUCAAGCCUGCACAAUUAAAGUCUAAAAAUAUGACAGAUGGCAAUGUGUAUGCUAAUCAGAGCUCUCUAUCAACCAAUGCUCUUGGGGGUGGCUCCAAUGUAGUGGUAGUGACCAACAAUCAGUCUUCUACAACAGUGAACUCCCAUAGCGCCUCUCAAAACCCUUCUUUCAGUUUUGCUGACAAGUUCUCCUAGUCAUAGCACAGUGGAUUAUUAUUUAGCCUUGAAAGGAAGUUUUAUUCAAAUUGUGCAGAGCUGCAGCUGGGUGCUGUCAAACAAAAGUGUGACAACAAUUUCUUGUGGGAUGCCACUGUCUGUGACAGUAUGUGACACUUAUAAUGUUGGACCAUGAUGUAUUUUGUUUCUCUUUGUGAAAAUAAGCUGUGCAGGAUUAUUUACACCAAGUUCAAAGAAUGGUUUAUUGAGAGAUGGACUCAAUAUAUUUCUGCACUGGGCAUUUACUAUGUUUUUCAUUUAAUGUUGAGUCUGAAAUAUAAAACAAAUGUCUUAAAUCUUUGAAUCCUUUUCAUCUUGGAACUGCCUACAUUUGAUGUGAUUUAAAGUGGCUUAACAGAUUCCCUGUUUACUAUCACAGCAAUCAUGAAUACAAGGAGUAAGGGAAACUAAUCUGCUAUGGUGAUGAAAUGGUUCCUUCUUGUUUUCAUUGAUUUUAGAAACAUUUCAGUGAAGCAUGGAAUUACUUUUAACAUUUUAAAAAUCUUAUUGAACAAGUUUUAAUUUGUGGAUGAAGAUAACAUUUAUGUAAGCUUCUCAUCACCUAGUAUUUUCCCUAUCAAAUCUACAAGCUAACUAAUUGCCAUAUUGGUACUGCUUUAAACUUGUGGUGUUGCUUCACUACAUACUAAACUUUACUUUUUCUGAACAAUUAAGGAAGCCUUGCAAUAGUCAUAUCAGAGUAAAUAAAAAAAAUGACCAUGAUUUUAAUGUCUUUCAGAGCAUUUCAUUGAGUUAGUUGGAGUUGUAUGUAUGUUCAUUCAUAAUUCUUGUCUAAAGUUAGACAUUAAAUAAUUAUAAAUAUGUGGCAGUAAUGAUUCUACUUUCACAUUUCUCUUGUUUCUUUAUUUCAAAAGAUUCAUUUUAUAAAAUAAUGGACACUAAAUAGAAUUUUGUUAAGAUCAAUUUUUAUAUUUUUUUUGCCAUGUUUGAUUGCUAAUUAAGUGAAAUAUUUCAAUAAAAUGUUUAGGCUAUUUUAGAACUUAUCCAUUUCCAUUAUAUUUAGAAGUAUUUUUGUACCUUUUUAAGAUUGUAGAUGUAAUAUUUAUAUAUGUAUUUUUAUUUAGACAUAACUUCAGUUCAAAAUUGUCAAAUUCUCAAAAGUUUUAGUAAUCUACUUAUGCCAAUAUGUUUAAUAGUAUUAUACAAUAAAUUAUCUCUGUAGAAAUUUGAAUUGUUGAAAUGUUGUUUUAUUAGCUAGUGUCAUCAUUUGCUUAUUGUAAUACACAAAUUUAGGUCAGGAGUAAAAAGAAAAGACUACAUUGUGUGCAUUAUUGACAAUGUGAGGGUCCAAAAACUAUCAUUUUAUGUUUAUUGUGACAUUCUUCAUAUAUAACACUUUGUUUAAUUUGAAAACUCCUCAGUUUAAAAUUUCAAAUGUGCACUGUAGCUGAUCUAACACAGGAUUUUAAAUUCUAUUUAGCCUUGAUUAUUGUUGAAGAUUUCACUGUUUUCAACUAUUGUAGGCAUGUCUAGCUGUGGUAUGGCAGAUGUAGAGUUUAAGGAAUUUUUGUUGAUUUAAAAACUGAUUAUAUUGGCUCUCUUUUUACUCAAACAAGUAAUACUUCUUGCUAGUGAAAGAUAAUAUAAUUGUAUACUAGUUAAGACAACAGAGUCGUAUUAACAUCACAAGCUUCUAAUUUGUAUUGCCAUAUUCCAGCUGGACAUUUAUUAUUCCAUUUAGAAAAUUUUCUUGUAUGGGAGCAAUUAUAAAAAAAAAUAUUUUAAAUUUUUUUUUUCUGUUUAGCUAGAAUUAAUGUAAAAAAUUGCAGGUGAUUUUUUUUUUCCCCCCCAUUUGAACUGUUAGAUACAGCUAUGCCAAUGUGUCAUUGAUCAAUGAACUGUUAUGUUAAGUCAAUGUUUUCCCAGCAGUAUUUUCUUUUGUUCUUGUUGUUUGAAUUUAUUGUCAAGUACUCAUUACAUUUGAAACAGAUGUCAGAAUCACACCUGCUAUCAUGCCAAAUACAGUGAACACCAGUUAGAACUUGCUUGAGUGUUUAUUGUGCUGUUGAGAUUUUUUCUUUGUGUGGUAAGGUGUGUAGUGAACCAUUUUGUUUGGAGUGAGCUGUGGGCUGGUUCAGCGUAUGAUAGUUCUGUGGUUAAACGUAUGACUGGAGUGUGUAAAGAAAGAGGACUUUGAUGAAAAUUUGAUUUUGAAGUUUUGCUUUUCUGUUCACAGUGAUCAAACUAAUUGUAUGUGAUGCGCAUGAUAAAAUUUGUUUUUGCCUUGUGAAAUAAAGAAAUGUUUCUGAAAUAAUCAUAUUGAGUAAUAACUUCAAAAGUACAUUGCAUGAAUGUUCAUGUUUAAAAUUGGAUUAGAGUUAGGAAUUCAGCCAGUGGACUCUUACAUUAAAUGAAGAAUCUCGUCCUUCAUUUUCUCUGCAAUAUUCCUAGCCGUGCACAAGCUUUCCACUCAUUUUGACUUGAGUCACUUUCUUUUUUUCACUGCCAUUGUUGCAUCUUUUCUUUCAUAGCAAUCCUAAAAUAAGUCUUAUCAUUUUCCUGCCUGUUCAUCUUAUAAAAUUGUUGUAAAAUCAACUUAAAACAGUCUGAUACAUGUUGAAACUGCAUUGAUUACAAAUUGAAUGUUUAACCCUUACAUUUUUUAUCAAGCUUAAUUUGUACAAAAUGAAAUUUGCUUUGUAAAAAAAAACUGUAGGUUUGUGAAUACAACUUAGGUGUGAUUCAUGGUAUUUGUGGAUCACAGCUUUUUUUUUUUACAUUUUCAAUUUUUCAAAGAGAUAGCAUACAUUUAUGUAUUUUUAAAUAACCUUUUAUUGCCCCCUUUUUUCUUGGGAAAUUUCAUAUUAGACAGUGGUUUUUUACUGACAGAAGGCAGUUUGAAAUGAUAAAAAGAAAUUUGUUUUUCAGUUUAGCCUGAUGCUUUAGGCAGCUUUUGCAUAUUGUUUUUUUUUUUUGUUUAGAGCUUUGGCAUCUAUGUGUGUUAGGGUUUAUUUUUUUUAAUUGGUUUUUUUUUUUUUUUUUUUGUGAAAAGUUUUAUUUUGGCAUCUUAAAAAAUUUUAUGUUAGGUUUUUUUUUUUUUGAAAGGUUAAUUUUGGCAUCUUAAUGAAGAGAUGGACUUUUAAAGUUUGAACUGCUGAUAACUUAAACACACUUCUCUUAUAUAUCAAAUAUAAACCGCCACCUUUCUUUUAUGAAUAAAUUAACGUUUUAUUACAAAUCAUAAGUUGUAAUUAAUUUACAUUAGCAGGUAGCCAACCAAAACACAUUUUUAAUUAAGUUCUUCCAGUGAUUUAUUUACACACAAGUACAAAAGCCUAUGUACAUGAUUCAUAAAUGUAAAAAAAAUAAUUUAAGAAAUGUGCAGUUGCUUUUUUCUGUAUCAGAAGGGUUUUCAUUAAGUUCAAGCUUUUAUUCUGCUUAAAAGCUACACGUUUGACAGGCUAACAUUCACUUUUUUUAUUUCAAAUCAAUUUAAAAUCUAGAUUGAUGCCUUUUGUCUGGUUCUUUUGUCACAAUUAUAAAUAUGACCUAAAGCAAUUUUCUUGUGAUUUCCCAUUUUGUCCAGAAAUCUACUUUUGAUAUUGAUGCUUACUUUCUCACUUGUAUGUUAUGAAGCUUGUCUGUACAUCCAUUCAUGACAGCAUUUCAACAUCUAGUGCAUUGUAAUAUAAUUAAACUGUGAAUAUGUAAAUUUUUAUAUGAAAAAAAAAACUUUGCCAGUGAAUCAACUGUUACAAACUGUUAGGUUGUUGAGUGGAGAGCUGACAUCACUCAACAUUUGGUUUGCUUUUGUAGAUUUUUCUAAACUAUGGGUUGUUUUUUUUUAUUUAAAGAGUACUGAUGGGAUAGUUAUGUUAGGACUGUCUGUGUUAGAGAGUCCUGAUAAGAUAGAUAUGUUAGGACUGUCUGUGUUAGAGAGUCCUGAUAAGAUAGAUAUGUUAGGACUGUCUGUGUUAGAGAGUCCUGAUAAGAUAGAUAUGUUAGGACUGUCUGUGUUAGAGAGUCCUGAUGGACUAGUUAGGGCUGACUGUGUACAGGUGAUUGUCAGGUGCAGAUACAGGAAAGUUUCUGCGUGAGAGGAAGCCCUUUCUGGUGCCUAGCUUAGAUUUGACCAAGCUGAUCCAAGUGUCACUUGACAUUCCAUUACACAUUCAACUAGAAGAUGUGGGAUACUUGAAUGGCCGUAGACUUUGUAUUUGCAUCAGUUCAUUCUGUAUGGAAUUUUCCUACUUAAUCCUUUCUUCUUCUGUAAUGUUUAGUGAAAGUAGAUUAACCAUGCUGGUUCAAACUUGGCUAGAGAUCCAUCCAGUUGUUACAGGGAGCGUUAGUGAAAUAUUUAUUUUGUUGAAACACAGAGCGUGUUUGUUAAACUUUGUCAAGUUGUGAAACCGUGUGCAAGCCUGCACUGUGCACAUAUUGACUUACAUUGCAUGCAGUAAGUAAACUUUGAUGUCAAGCUUACACAUAUUUCAAUACAUUAUGUUGAAAUGGCAAACUGUGAGCAAGUGGAGACAUAGCGUGAAAGGGGGUUGUCUAUGUGAGAAUAUUAUUAUGCAUUUCUGUAUAGUCAAAUAAAUGAAUUGUCUUGUUAAUGAA